AUGAAAAUACUUCUAUUAGAAAUAGAUUUAACUAAUAAAACAGGUAAUAAUAAUAUGGAUGAGCAUAAAAAUGUGUUAGAAAAACUAGAAAUAUUAUAUGAUUGUAUUAAAUUGUCAGCAGAGGAAUAUGUAAAUGUAGAUAAUAAAUUACAAAUAAUGGAUACACUGACCAAAGAAUCUGUUAUUAGAGAUAUUUUUAAAGAGCAAGGUUUGGGGAAAAUGGCAUUGGAAGUUGUGAAAAAGUAUUUUGAGCAAUUGCAAUUUGCUACAGAAGACGAUAUUUAUUUGUUAUGA